AUGUCCCCAUCCACGAAAACCGCCUCAACCACCUCCCAACAAGCUAAGAAGAAAACUCUCUCAUUGGCUCAGAUUAAAUAUGUGAUCGCUCUCCACAAAUCUUCAAUGACUAAGCAAAAGUCAAUAAGCGAGUCUACUGCCAAAGUUGCCAGUCUCCGAAAGUAUACUGUAAACAAGAAUUACAUUUUACAACUGCGAGUCCAUAUGUUGAAGAUAAGGAAAGCGAUGGCGGAUAAGAAGCAAGAAGCUCCAAGCGUUGCUGCUCCGGCUCUCCAGGAACCCACGGAGCAACCAAUCAUCCGUGCCAAUCCAAUGAAGGCCUCACCGAUCCCAACCCGUCGUCGUUGCCCAGCCCCAUUGUCUCCACUUUGCCAAUAG